AGUAUAUAUAUGUAGUCUGUAGAGGGUUUAGAAAACCUGCAUACAGAGAGAGGCAGGGGCGAGAGAGAGAGGAAACCGUGAAGAAGGAGAAAAGAGAGGUCUGCGUGACGGCUUGAGAGUGAAGCCAAGGAGGCCGAACCAAGGAAAGGGUUUCUUCUGUUUUGCAAUUCUGAUAUCGGAGUAUGGCUUCUCAACUCAACGUCUCUUGUGAACAACAACCAGGAAAGGCCGUUGUCUGGAAAAUCUCCUCUCAAAAGCUUCAAGAAACCGGACAAGGAUUUGAUAACCAGAACAAACCCCCAACCAGUUGGAGAGAUCGAUUGGAAUUGGAAAUAUUCGGAGGCAAAGUAUCUUUUUUAACUCGCGACCCAUCAUCCUACGGUUUUGGUGAUCCAAUAGAACUCAAGAACAAUCCCAAUAAUAUAAGGAAUGUCUCUCGGUACACACAUAGAGCAAUUCAGUUUUAUAAUCACAAAAAUGGGACAAAUUACAAGUGUGUGAAGCUUAAGGGGGCAAAGCGUGUGAUUGUGGCCAAUAUAUUCUUAUACAUUACCUUUGAGGCCAAAGAUGAAAAUAGUGAUGAUGGUCAGUGUAAAACUUUUUAUGCUGAGCUGUCCCGUGGAAUCCGAUCAGAAGCAAAGAUCAAGUAUUGCGGGCUCGAACCUAAAUUAGAUAACUAAGAGCAGAGAAAUGCAUGAAUGAAGAUGAAGUUUAUCCGCCAACUUCCAUGAGGGUGUCAUGUUUCUUGAUGUGGAUGACAACUCCACAUCUUUCAAUUGCGUAGAGAAUUACUUGAAGAUUCUUUCGUCAAGCUUAUAUUUGCUUCUCUUAAAUAGCUUUUAUAUGUUUAUAAGAAAUUUCUGCUACUGUGGUUUAUAUACAACUCCUAUGAUAUUAUCAAUAGAAGUUUCUUUAACUGAAAUAUUUCUAUCAUUACUUUUUUUUUUUUUGUUUACAAUGCUUCUUAUAAUUUUUAAAUUCUCUUCAUAUCAAUAAUUAUUCAACAUUACAUUUCUUUUUAACUCUCACAUAGCAAUUUGCCUAUAAAAUAAAAUCACUCUCUCUAUUGCAUAAUUUACAUCACGGUCAGUUGCCUAUA